UUAACGUGUGAAUGCGGCUGGGCGGGCGAAAGGCGGGUUCGGAGGAGGCGGGACCGAGGCAGGCCGGCUCCUUGGGCAUCAGUCAGAGGGUCCCUGCCUGUCUUGCCUUGCAAGGCGGAGUCAGAGGAGGAGGAGGAGGAGGAAGGAUGGCGCUGGGCUGAACCACAUCCGCGCCGGAUCCGCUCCAUUUUGAAGCCGUGUGGCCCCGAUGGCGUUCAGCGCCUCCUGGCAGCUCCUCUCGCCGGUCCAGUGGGCCAAGUGGACCUGGUCCGCCGUCCGAGGAGGGGGGGCGCAAGGCUCUUCUGGCCCCGAGGAGGAGGAAGAGGAAGAAGAGGAGGAGGAGGAGGAAGAGGCUCAAGGAGAGACCCGCUCGCUCAGCCUCAGUUCGGAUUCGGAAGGCAACUUUGAGACGCCUGAGACCGAGACCCCGAUUGACGCCCUGGGGAAGGAGCUGGUGGACCCAUCGGAGCCUGAGCCCGAACCCCAAGAAUUACCUGAAGAUGAGGUCCAACCGGUAGCCAAGGUUUGCCAGAAGGACUUGUGUCAGAACGGCCCAGCCUCAACGGAGGAUGAAUUGCAGGCUGAUCUCACAACCUCGCAAACAGAGUUGGCCAUCUCCAAAGCUGAUCUGGGCUUUGGCAAGGGUUUACCCAUGACUCCAUCCGCAUUGGGGUCCGAGCUGUCCACAGAGCCGCCUACAAAACCCGUUCAGGAGAGAAACGCUUUUUCGAUAGAGUCGGAUCAGGAUCAAGCAGCAGAGAGAGCUGCGUUCGCAACAGCGGCUCAAGAAGAGACAGAGGCGGGGAAAGAAGUCUCGACGGAAAAGUCUGAAGGGGUGAAGCCAAACAGUGAAGCGCUUACUGUGAGUAGAAGCAAACUUCCAAGAGCCAAACCAGUUGUCCCGCAAAAGAAGAUGGGAGGAGAGAACCCAGAGACUGACUCAACCACAGAGAACAUCCCCAAAGGCUCCUACGCUUUCGACCCCGAGUCCUACAAUGAAAACAUGAACCCCUUUGUCAUCGGAGGGUCCAAGCUCCAAAACUCCCCUCCUCCGUCUCAACCGGAGUUUGCUCUUCCCGACAGCAAUGCCAAGGCCGUGAAACUCGAGUUUGAUUUUGCAGAAGGAGCCGAAGACGCAGAACCCAAGAAGGCUCCGGUGAGGAAACCAGUAAGGAAACCAGCCAGCAGACUCUCUCCGAAGAGGCAACGGGGUGGCGCCAACAAGCCAACUGCAGUCAAUGAGGAUGGAGAGAAAAUGCUUGCCAAGGAAGUGUCUGAUGUGCAUCCAAGUGAUCCCGGACAGUGGGGUGAAACCCACUUGAAUUCGUUUGGAGGAAACUCUGAUUUGCAGGGCUCCCCGCCUCUUCCGAAAGGCUCCUACAACCUCGACGUCGCCGACCCCUUCAAGCCCACCAAGACUUUGGCCGGCGUGGGUCCCUCAACAGACAACAGUCUCAAUGAAAUCUUGGAGUCGCAGACGCUGGGGACCCUGAGGGAUGAACUGAAGAACGGCUUGGCCUCGCCCCAAAAAGCCAAGUCCCGGUUGAUAACGACAACCGAACAAGUGAAAUUUCUCUGUUUUUUGUUGAGUGGCUGCAAGGUGAAGAAAUACGAAACGCAACCCCUGGUUCUGGACGCCGGUUCUCAGGACGAUGAAGAAUCCUCCUUCGUCUCCAAAAUCCCAGACCUUUCCAGUCGGGAUGGACAUGCCACGGAUGAAGAGAAACUGGCCUCGACAUCCUCCACCCAAAAAAUGGCUGAAUCCGAGGCCAAAGGUGAGCCCGAGGAAGACCUGGAGUACUUUGAAUGUUCCAAUGUUCCUGUGUCUACCAUAAAUCAUACGUUUUCAUCCUCAGGAGAAGGUUUCGAGAAGGAGCCAUCCUGUUGUCUGGCAGAGAAAAACAAUCUAGUGGGCAGUGCUGAAUUGAGUGCUUUGGAGAAGACCCCUGGCACUAGAGGAGAUGCUGAGAGCCCCUUGGAUGCCAUUUGUCUCAGCGAAUCUGAUAAAACGGCCGUUUUGACUUUGAUCAGAGAAGAGAUCAUCACUAAAGAAAUUGAAGCCAAUGAGUGGAAACAGAAGUACGAAGGAAGCCGGCAAGAAGUGCUGGAAAUGAGGAAGAUUGUGGCUGAAUAUGAGAAGACCAUUGCACAAAUGAUUGAGGACGAACAGCGGACAAACAUGGCAUCGCAGAAGAGUCUCCAGCAGCUCACCAUGGAGAAGGAGCAGGCGCUUUCCGACCUGAAUUCAGUGGAGAGAUCCUUGUCCGACCUGUUUAGGAGAUACGAGAAUCUGAAAGGGGUCCUGGAAGGUUUCAAGAAGAAUGAAGAAGCCUUGAAGAAGUGCGCCCAGGAUUAUCUCAACCGGGUCAAGCAAGAGGAACAGCGGUACCAAGCCUUGAAAAUCCAUGCCGAGGAGAAAUUAGACAAAGCCAAUGAAGAAAUUGCUCAGGUGCGCAACAAGGCCAAAGCUGAGAGCGCGGCGCUCCACGCCGGACUCCGGAAAGAACAGAUGAAGGUGGAGUCCUUAGAGAGAGCCCUCCAGCAAAAGAAUCAGGAAAUAGAAGAGCUGACUAAAAUCUGCGACGAGCUGAUUGCCAAGCUGGGAAAGGCCGACUGAUCCGUCUCCGCCGUCCGGAGUGCCAUUGCUUCCCGUUGUCUGUCCGCACCUCCAAGCAAGCGCCUUGCCUUAUUUUGUCCACAAGGACUCUCUCCCUCCUUCCCCGCCGCAGAGAGAAAAGCACACGUGCCCCUUCCGUGUCCGCUGUCCACAAGAGCCAGGAGCCACGGUUCUGCGUUGUCCUUGGUCCCCGUUCUUGUCCUGGUGCCAAUUCAUCCCUUGUUUUUUAUUUGGAGGUUGUCCUGACUUUGUGUCCCCAAGAGGCAUUAAGAGGACCUGUUUUUUUAGUGUUGUUGGUGUAUUUGCUGCAGCAUCAUGAGGAAAUAGUUGAUCGACAACGGUGCCCAAAAAGGCAUUGUAUAGGUGCCUCCAAAAACUGUUGGUUACUGGAAAAUGAGUCGUUAUUCACAAUACUUGCAGUUUGGCAUCUGGAAGAGAGAGGCUCACACAUUAAAGGGAUACGUGGAUUUUGGGCUUGGGUGUAUCUAGGGCACAAGAAGAGGUGACCAGCACAAAUCCCAACCGUAGAUUGCACAUAAAAAUUCCCCAUAAAAGUGCAUUGGAUCCUAGGAGAACUCGGCACCAUUACAGCACUAUGGUUCCACAUUUGCUUCCAUAUGGAAUUUGUAAUUUAGGCCUGGUAGAGAAUUCUAAACACCCCCCAUAAAUGUAUUGUCGAAGGCUUUCAUGGCCGGAAUCACUGGGUUGUUGUAGGUUUUUUCAGCCUACAUGGCCAUGGUCUAGAGGCAUUAUCUCCUGACGUUUCGCCU